AUGAAUGAACCAGAAGCUUCUCUCUUCAACAGUGACAGCUUUUUAGAUCCCUUACUGCAGUUUGAAACCCAACUGAAGAUAAUAGAGUCCUCCUUUAAAAUUGUAUUUGCUAUACCAACUCUUGAGAAAGUGAAGGAAAUGGGAAACAGUAAAGAUGACCCAGAGGACCUGGAAAAUUUAUAUCAAAACAUUUUAAACAUAUUUGAGGACACUCUUCUGAUCUUAGUGUCUAAAGACCUCUAUAAACUGCAAAUCUUAAAGGACAUGGCUGUGUGGAUGAAUGAAGAUAGUUCGUACCUGCAGGAGAGAAUUAUAGUGAUCAUCAGCAGUGUGCUAAGCUUUGCAUCCAGGAAAGUCAGGGGAUAUGCAAGUGUUGAUGCUCCAUGUUUGGGUGUCCUGGCAGCAGAACUGUCUCUUCUGUGUUGCCACAAUGAUCCCUUAAUCACACAACAAGCAUCCUUAGGACUGUAUCACCUCCUCUGCAUUGCAAAGUGUCAGAAUGCGGAUAUUGAAAAAAAUAAAUCCACAAUAUAUGAUAAGUCUGGAAAUCAGUGCCUCCUGCCUAGUCCCUCUGAUACGGAAUUCCUACCUAAGGUCUCACAAUGGGACAAAACUAAAAUUACCCAGAGUGUAGGACACACCCUACUGCCAUCCUUGCUGACUGACUUUGUGUGGAGUCUCCUGAUGAGACUCUCUUCACCUAAUUAUAUAAUCGCAUUCAAGGCGUCAACCAUGCUGAAACUGACUCUGGAAUAUCAUGCGCAUAAGAUCACCAUGGUGUCUACGAUUGUGGAUGCUAUUUAUAAGCAAUUGCGUCAAGAUUCUUCUCAUGUUAUGAGGCAUACUAUGUUGCGGGUCAUCACCUUGUUAACACGCACUUCACCGAAGAAGGUUAUCUUUCAACUUAUGGAUUACCCAGUCCCAGCAGACAACACUUUGAUACUGAUGUGGCAGGCGGCAGGUUCUGAGUCAAGUGUGGCCCCUCAUGUGCUGAAGACAAUCUUGCUGAUACUGAAAGGAAAGCCUGGAGAAAUGCAGGAUAGCUUCAUGGAAAGAAGACGUUUCUCUCUUGAUACUACUAAUAUGAUGCCUGUAGCGGCAUCCCAGGCCCUGUGCACAUUGUUGCCUGUUGGUUCUUACAAGAAAGCAGUGGCCCAGUUUUUCCCCCAGCUCUUGAUGGCCCUCAUGCUUCAACUCUUCUACAGCAGUGACCUGAGACUGAUGACAGAGAACAGGAUGUUCUAUGCCAGGGACGCCCUGAGAGUUCUGCUGAAUUGUUCUGGACUGCAACAGGUGGAUAUUGCUCUAAAUGAAAAGAAUUGCUGGAACCAGUUUAACCAAGCACUGUUUCACCAUCACGGGGUCUACCUUGUUGCCAAAACUCUCAGUGACUAUAACUUUCCACAGUUUCCAGAGACCUUGCAUUAUCUCUACAAGCUCUCGGUGGAAGGUCCUAGACGGUCAGAAGACAGUAUCAUCACAAUAAUAUUCCUCACUGAACUUCUAAAUAACUUCUUCAAGGACCCAUUCCCAGAAGAGUUUUUGGUUCUCUUCAGAAACUGGGUCAAUGACUCCAAUCCUGCAGUUAGCAAGCUGAGCCUUCAGAAAAUCGCCAGCAUGGCGCCAGUUAUCAAUGAGGCACAAAAUGUCUGCAGCUUAUUAAUAUCCAUCUUGGAUGCCUUCCUUUCAAAAGACAAGACUGUUAUAAUUCGGGCCUUGAUCACCCUUCGAAGACUUUUAGUCAAGCUGGACAAGGUGACCUACUCCUCUUUGUGUACUAGAAUUGCCUCCAGCUACUGUCCUCUGAUGGAUCAUAGUAAUGGAGGCAUUCGGAGUAUGGCCAUUCAACACUUUGGUGAAUUACUCAGGGACAUGAGUCAGUACACAUGGAUGCUGAAUGAUGUGGUUCUUGGAGGCUUGGUGCCUCUGAUCCUGUUUUUGGAGGACACAGAAAUAAGAGUAGUUCAAGCAUGUAAGUAUACAUUAGCAAUUUGUGUCUCAGAAUUAAAUUGGCCAACAUCGUAUUUGCUCAAAGACGAAUUUUACAGUUUUGAGGUGGUGGUGCUCAACAUCUGUAACAAUCUUCUUACUUCUCAUGAGAACUACAUUACAGAUUUGAUCUCUGAUACCUUAGGAUUCCUGAGAAGCUCCCGAGUAUAUCUGAGGAGAGCAUCAGUUAUUUUAAUAGGAUACUUGGCAAAAUUGGGUGGCCAUUUACUGCUCAGAGAUGAAAUUGAAGUCAUGCUUGAGGCUAUUGACCGAGUGCUUCGGGAUGAAGACCCUGUGAUCAGGAAGUUGGCAGAAAUAACCUACAAAAUUUUUAAGGAAAUAGCCCAUAGAUUGACCUCCUCAAAUCUUAAACAAAUCUUCCGAAGAGUAUUUAACUCUAUCUUCACAAAAAAAUUGAAGCCUCUUUAUAAUUAUAACUGGCCCAACAACCUGACAGGCAGUCCUAUGAGGAUUAAGGAAACCAAGAAUGACAAGGAAGUCCAUACAGAUGAGAAUUAUGAAUCCAAUUCGGUAAAGAAUGAGAUGUUGGUCUGUGCCUCGGAGCACAUCUCAGAAGAGAUAUGA